AUGACAUUAUAUAAGUCCCCACCACCACCACCACCUCAUGUUUACAAGUAUAGGUCACCACCACCACCGUCGCCCAUUUACACGUAUAAGUCACCACCUCCUCCUAUUUACACAUACAAGUCACCACCACCACAACCAUCCCCAGCUUACAUGUAUAAGUCACCUCCACCACUGCCGCCUAUUUACAAGUACAAGUCACCACCACCACCUCCACCUUACUAUAAUUAUGUUUUGCCUUCACCACCACACAAAUAUCACCAUCGCCAUCAUCAUCAUCAUCACCACCAUAAGCCAAAAUGGUCACCAUAUCCGUACAUCUAUUACAAGUCGCCACCACCGCCACCAAAACAUUAA